GGUGCCUUUAAAUGAAAGCCAGCCGGCUGGGCCUCCGUUUUACUCCUGAGCGAUACCUGCCGUUGAGGAGCGCUCCCCAGGAGGCUGCAGCCUGUCACCAUGGCCCAGGAGUUCGUGAACGGCAAAAUCCAUCCUGGGAAAGUAGUGGUGUUCAUGAAGCCCACCUGCCCUUACUGCAGACGGACCCAAGAGCUCCUCCGUCAAUUUCCUUUCAAACAAGGGACUUUGGAAUUUGUCGAUAUCACAGCCACCGGUGACACAGAGCAGAUUCAAGAUUAUUUGAAGCAUCUCACAGGAGCCAGAACAGUACCUCGGGUCUUUAUCGGUAAAGAGUGUAUAGGUGGAUGCACGGAUCUAGAAAAGAUGCAUCAGAGUGGGGAACUGCUGAUGAGGCUAAAGCAGAUUGGAGCUCUACAGUAACGAUAGCAGAGCAGACCCCAGGCUGAUAACAGCUGGAUGUCGUUACAAAUGAUGGCAGCAUUUCUUGGUGGAUGGAUCUCGGGCUACCUUUACCCAGCUACAGCAACUGAAAAUUCUGAAAUAUGUAAACCACAAAAAAGGGGAGGGGGGAGAUUUUUGGCAAAAACAGACUUUCCUUGUCUUGACUCAGUAUUAAAUGGACCCACUUGCCCCAAGCCACAAGUCUGAGAAUGUUGAUGGACGUCUUGGGUAUCUUCUGGAUUGGCCUUUGGUUUCCAAAAGACCAUGACUAGUUAUGGCUCAGGAUUCACUCACUGACCCAAAAAGUUCUUUCUCUUUAGCACAUGGUUCCUACUCUUCUUCCUGUGCUAGGACUCCUCUAAGACAGGGUUUCUCAACCAAGUUUAUCCCAGGCCACCUAGAGAUGAAUCUAUAGUUGGUUUUCUUCUACUGCCUGAAAAUGAUUGUUUAACUUUACAGAGUUUGUAUUACGAAAUCAGUAGGUAUUUUGAAUGUGCUUUUACAAACUACAUCUGUCUCCCUAGUCACCAUCCCCUACCAUCCUAUCUGGAGGUGAGAAUCACUGCUCUGAACCAGUGUUUUUAACCUUGACAACUCCCAGAUCUCACAGGAAUUGUUGUACACUUCUGUGAAGAGUGUGAGGACCCAAUGUGAGAAACGCCACAUGAAAAGUUAAGCACAGUGGGUCUUCACUUGGUGCUACAGGGACCAGAGGUACAAGCACAGAUGCUGUGACCGUGUGGUGACACUGUGAUGUACGAUGAUCAUCCAGGUUCUCCUGAACAAAGGUGCAUUCAUUUGUUUAGAUUAUGAACAAGAGUAAAACAUAAAAUUUAAAACAUUUUUAUAGAAAACUUGCAACCCCCCCAAGAAUAUGUCUGUGAAAGUACCCAAAUUUGAGAAACACUGUCCUAAAUUAUUUUCUCUCCUCCCCCCCCCACUCUAUGAAAACUGAAGGAAUCCCUCAUUGUGAAGUUUGUUCUAGAAUUGCAAGAUAAAGUUCAUUUCCUUUGGCCGUCUCUCAAUGUCUUUUCUAACGAAGAAGUAGUCACAGAUGACACAGUGAUAUUUGUCCAUUUUCUAUGUUCUCGAGACCUUAAGGAAUGCUGUUACUGUCAGAUACAUCGAUGUGAAGCUUUAUUCAUGUUUGUCCCUGCCACUGUAAAUAAAGGCACGUGUUAUUAUCCUUCA